UACCCGAAAGUGAAUGGUGUACCCCCUCCAUCGCGUAGUAAGUCAAGGGUUGGAAGGGAAAUUGGUGGAAAAUACGUGAUGUCAGUGAAAUUCGUUUGGUGGGAAUCGUGGAAAAGCGUGCAGUCAUCAAUUUGGAUGGGUGCUGGCGACUGCUGGCCAUUGCGAAACGUUUGAUUUCGGGGUUUGUGUACGUUCGGUAGUCGUCGUAACUAAGAACGAGUGUAACUAGUACGUUGGUCAAAUGAAUGUCAGUGGAUGGGAAGACAAAUGUGAUAAGUGAAUGUGCUGGGUGUUCUGGGACCGGUGUCGUCUGUCCCAUCGAAAAUGUCGUUCAGUUUUGAAGCGAUCCGGUGUUGUUAUGUAGUAAAUUGGACAUUCCGGUGGUUGUCGGCAUGAAUGAGUACUGCGCUAGUCAGUGCGUGUUCGCUUCCCGCGCACUGCAUGUUCCUAGUAAAUGGUUUCAUGGCAGGGCCGCCAUGAUGGCUUUCUGUAAUACACGCUCAACAUGGAAAGUUUCAACACUGUUUUACUGUAUUUGUGACUGAGUGAGUGUAAACAAAAACAAUGGGAACGUACUAGAGAACGUCAAGUAUCGUUUAGUGUCCGUCUUGGACGGCCCGAAUCCCGGGAAAGUCCCCUAACAGGAUCAUUUUAUGUUGGCCUUGUCGUAUCUCUUUCCCUGUCAACAAAGAUGUCCAAGCUUUCAUUUAGGGCGAGGGCCCUGGAUGCAAGCAAGCCUAUGCCCAUUUACAUGGCAGAGGAACUCCCGGAUCUUCCUGAUUAUUCAGCGAUCAAUCGGGCAGUUCCUCAAAUGCCAUCAGGAAUGGAAAAAGAGGAGGAAUGUGAGCAUCACCUGCAACGAGCAAUAUGCGCGGGGCUCAUCAUCCCGACUCCAGAGGUAUCGGACAUACCACAACAGGAGGUGUACGACAAACUGUAUCCCGCCAACUACAAGCAACCCCGCCAACUCAUUCACAUGCAGCCUUUUACCAUGGAGCAAGACAUACCGGAUUACGAUAUGGAUUCCGAAGAUGAAAGGUGGCUGGACCUUCAGGCGAAAAAGCUGGAUUUAAAUCCAUUGAAGUUCGAGGAGAUGAUGGAUCGGUUGGAGAAGAACAGUGGCCAGACAGUGGUCUCGCUGCAGGAGGCGAAGGCGCUGCUCAAGGAGGAUGAUGAUCUCAUUAUCGCAGUAUUCGAUUACUGGCUGAAUAAACGCUUGACAUUGCAGCAUCCGUUGUUAUUGGCUGUGAAGACGGAACAUAGGUCGGGAACGGCUGUGAACAAUCCCUACCUGGCUUUCCGACGGAGGACUGAGAAGAUGCAGACGCGGAAGAACAGAAAGAAUGACGAAACAUCGUACGAGAAGAUGUUGAAAUUGCGCCGUGACCUUACUAGGGCUGUGACGCUGCUGGAGUUUAUCAAACGGAGGGAGAAGAUGAAACGGGAGUACCUGCACCUGACGGUGGAAGUGUUUGAGAAGAGAUACACUGCCAAGGAUUUCAGCGGUUUGGUCGCUGCAGAGGUGAUGAACAACAACAAGUCCAUGAGACCCGCCUUUACGCCCAUUUUGCACAACCAUAUUACCGACGGGAGCUGGAGAAAUAAGGCUAUUCAUAAAGAUGAGGUUAUACAACGGAAAGAAAAAAGACAGUACAAGAGGCGUAAGCAUAAACCGCACAAUCGGAUAGCUGGAGCAGUCGGACCCGCUACUAUGGAGACAAUGAGCGCGGUGUCCUCGGAUGAGGAGCCCGUGCCCACUGCCUCCCCAGAACCGGAGGUGGAGGAAGACGAAGGUCAAUUCGCCUUCCGUCGGAAUAAACUAUGUACCUAUCACAUGCCCUUACCAUCUGAAGGUAAUUGGCCGUGGUGUUCGAAAGAGGAGAACGGACAAGCUCAGAAGAGGUUUAGGUAUGCUUUGACAUCGCUAUCGAAUCGACGGUGCGUAGGUUUAGCACGACGCCGAAUGGGCAGAGGUGGUCGAGUCAUUUUGGACAGACUGGCAAUGGAUGGCACGGAUGACUUUUGGUCGACAGUCGAUUAUACAAUAUACGAUUCUACUAAACAACACCAGCAGCAGCAGCAGCAGUAUAAGAACGAAAGGCGCGAAGUGAAAAGUGACUGUUAUUCUAAUUUAGAUGUAGUUAAUAAUGUCGCAAGAACUGAUAUUAAAAGUGAACAGAUGGAGGUUAGGACAUGUGGUGAUGUUAGUAAUAGUUAUCUACAUGCGGACGGUAACUACUUGAAACGAAUCAAGGUGGAACCAGCACAACAGACCGUCCCUGCGAACGGUCUAUGCAACACGCAGCAGCAGUCCGUCCAGAUGCAGGAGGUUAAUAGAAUACAAAAUAAGGAUGACGAGGUGUUCAAAGCCUUACGGCAGGAAUGGCACCAUUUUCGUCCGAAAACGCCACCGCCCCAAUGGUCUCCGCCCAGCAGCUUGUUGCCGGAGGACCACUUCUGUUUUCCCAGUGCCAACGUACCGUUCUCUCUAGAAUUGAAAACUCUGGACGAGACGGACGUUUUUACCGAUUCCUCUUUUAUCAGUGCACCGUAUAUGCUGGACUAUGACAUUUCUAUGGAAGUGCCGGUGACGGACACGCGGCAAACAUCUCCGUCGGAGACGACGACGACGACCACCAGCGCGACCACAACGUCGUUGUCAUCGACGUCGUCGUCGUCUUCAUUGUUAUUCCCGUCGGUUUGUGAGUCUUCCGUGUCUAAUCGUGGUGACGCUGUUGAUAGUGGUGUAGUGGGCUGCUCCAAGUUUAGUAUGUAUGACGUGGCGGGCUCCGCGCACCUGACCAAAAAACAUUCUUAUAUUGCAAGUACCUUGACUAGUCCUAAGUUAAAUAGUGUUAACGUUCAGCCCGAUGUUAAAUCAAGAACCCAUAAUACACAUACCAUUUCAUCAUCCAAUGCGGAUCAUUUUAUCGGCACAGCGAAUGGUAUCACACAAUUAAUGGACGUUGGCUUUAGAGGAGGGGGGAUACCUUAUGCGUUAAAGCUGCGAACCUCUGCACACAAAGUAUCGAUAAACAAUAGUCAUAGUGCCAACAUUUUAGAAAUUCCUAUGUCUACCGAUGCAGAUCCAGUGAACGCCCAAGAAGUGAGUCAAUGCGAACCAGGCUCAUCAUCGCCGACCAGCAAAGCCAAGUCUAUCGUGAGGAAGAACAAUCUUGUGAUGGAAGUGACGUGAUGCCUAAGUUAUAGCCCGCGUUCUAGAUGGUACGCGGGACGGCUGAGUCUACGAGGAUGGUGGCCGCAAAGGAUCAACACGUCGCGCUGUAUGUAAAAAAAAAAAACUAAAAGCAAACUCAAAAAAAAA